CUAAUCAACUAAAUGGUUUGAAUAAUAAGCUUGUCUUCCAAAUUACUUGCGAACGAAAGUCUCAUGCCAAUUUUAAUGCCAAGCAGUUAAAAGAAAUAGAAUCACUAAAGUCUAUGGUUAAAUCACUGGAAAGCAUAAUAUCUUCGAUGCAAAAUGCUUCAUCUUUGAAGGAUUCUGAUAUCAUCUCUCUUGGAAGUAAAAUAAAUGAACUGGAGGCUGAGUUGGAACAAGCUACGCAAAAAGUUUUAUUAAAAGAUUCUGAUGAUGACCAGUUGCAUAAUAAUUCCUCCCUUGAGAUUAAGGUAAAAGAAUUGAAAAAUGAAAAGGAGCAAGUUACGCAAAAUUCAUCAUUUAAGGAUGAGUUAAUUUUCUGUCUCAGGUCUAGGGUAAGAAAUCUGGAAGAUGAACUAGAUCAGAUUGUUUCGCAACUGCAUCAGUCAAUUAAUGAUUCAAAAAUAGGUAGUGCAGAAGCAGAUACAAUUUUAUCAUCCAAUGAUUAUACUUUAGCGCCUUUGGCUAAGCGAGGUGUAGCAGUAGAAGAGGUAUCCCAUUUUUCUUCACACUGCUCAGAGUCUGAACCUGAUAAAAGCAAAGUAAAAGAUGAGAUAGAGUUCUAA